CAUGAGCGCGCUCGGUACGUAGCUUUGCUUUCCCCACCCUCUUCCCCUCUCUCUCCCUUUCUCUCUUUCUCUCCCUCCCUCUCUCUUACAUUAGAGCUUUCCAUCUUUCGCUUGCAUCGCACUCGCUUUGACAGUGUUAAAUGAAGACGCUCAUCAUGGCAGUUUUUGCGCACCUGUACCCAGCUGUAUUUUUCGCUUGCGCGUUUAUGUCACUUUUCGGACCGAUUUCAUGUCACAGCGGCGUUAUACACCAGAGAAACGAACGGGACCGAGAGCUUGACAGCCGCGGUGGGCAUGUCAUUGGCAGAGAUGAAACGCUUAUCUCAGCGCACAGCCGCGGAGAUUACAGCGGGGACCCGGGCGGACCGGCCAUGGGAGUUCCCCGAGUCCGGAGGGCAUCGACUCCGGAGAAAGUCUCUCUACUCAGCAGCUCUUUCGUCCUUAAAGGGGAUGCCACCCACAACCAGGCAAUGGUCCACUGGACGGGUGAAAACAGCAGCGUCAUCCUCAUUCUCACUAAAUAUUACCAUGCAGACUCCAACAAAGUUCUUGAGAGUUCCCUUUGGAGAUCCAGUGAUUAUGGGUCAACCUACACCAAGCUUAAUCUGAUGCCUGGGACAACCAUCAUAGUCACAAACUUCUACAUUUGUCCCACCAAUAAGAAAAAGGUCAUCUUAGUAAGCUCCAGCAUCAAUGAACGUGACCAGAUGCUCUUCAUCAGCACAGAUGAGGGUGCAUCCUUUCAACGGCAGCCUGUCUCCUUUACCGUGGAAACACUCCUCUUCCAUCCAUCUGAGGAAGACAAACUGUUGGCUUACAGCAAGGAGGCGAAGCUGUAUAUCUCCACGGAUCUGGGUCACAAAUGGACUCUGCUACAGGAGCGUGUUACUAAAGACAGAGUUUUCUGGGCUGUGAUGGGGGUGGAUGUGGAUCCUGAUUUGGUUCAUAUGGAGAUUCAAGACAUCAGCGGUGGAUACCUUUAUGUGACAUGUCUCAUCCAAAACUGCUCUGAUAAAAUGGUGACAGCACAGUUCUUGGGGAAGAUUGACCACAAUUCCCUCUCAGUGCAAGAUGAAUACAUAUUUGUAAAGGUAACUACAGGAAAUCGCACCAAGUAUUAUGUCUCAUACCGGAGGAAUGAAUUUGUUCAAAUGAGAUUCCCUAAAUACGCCCUUCCAAAGAAUGUGCGAAUUGUGAGUACAGACGAGAAUCAGGUAUUCCUGGCUCUUCAAGAGUGGUAUCAGACGGACACGUACAACCUCUACCAGUCAGAUCCGCAGGGAGUCUAUUACUCCAUUGUGUUGGAGAACGUCCGCAGCACCAAGCAGCCUGAAGAGAAUGUCCUCAUCGACAUCCUGGAGGUUCGUGGCAUCAAGGGCGUAUUCUUAGCCAAUCAAAAAGUAGAUGGAAAAGUGAUGACUCUCAUCACCUACAACAAAGGCAGGGACUGGGAACCAUUGGCUCCUCCUACAACUGAUAUGAACGGCAAACCUGUCAGUUGCAAGCAGCCUGACUGUCACCUCCAUCUCCACUUGCGAUGGGCUGACAGCCCGUACGUAUCUGGAACCGUCCACACUAAAGAUUCUGCCCCAGGCCUCAUAAUGGGUGCAGGUAACCUUGGGUCUCAGUUGGUUGAAUAUAAAGAGGAGAUGUACAUCACCUCAGACUGUGGCAAGACCUGGAGACAGGUUUUUGAAGAAGAGCAUCAUAUUCUCUAUCUGGAUCAUGGCGGUGUCAUUGUGGCCAUUAAGGACACUUCUAUCCCUUUAAAAAUACUCAAAUUCAGCAUAGAUGAAGGACAAACGUGGAGCAUCCACAACUUCACCAGCACUUCUGUGUUUGUGGAUGGACUUCUGAGCGAACCUGGAGAUGAGACACUGGUUAUGACGGUAUUUGGCCACAUAAGUUACCGUUCGGAUUGGGAGCUGGUGAAGGUGGAUUUCCGUCAGUCGUUUCCCAGACAGUGCACAGAAGCUGAUUAUGACUCAUGGAAACUCACUGAUCUACAGGGAGAGAAAUGCAUCAUGGGCCAGGAACGAAUGUACAGGAAGAGGAAAGAGGCAUCGUUGUGCAUUAAAGGGAAGAGCUAUACAUCAGCUCUAACGGCUAAACCUUGCCAGUGCUCAGAGAAAGACUUUGCCUGUGACUACGGCUUUGAGAGAGCUCCCAGCCUCAGGUUAGAGGGUGAUCGCUGCUAUCCCGACUUCUGGCAUGAUCCUGACGCUCCACCUGAAAACUGCCAUUUAGGACACAGCUAUAAGUCCAGCACAGGUUACCGGAAGGUCAUCGCUAAUGUUUGUGAGGGUGGCUUGAAUAAAGAACAGAGCGCAAAGCAGCAUUCCUGUCCUUUGCUGCCCCCUAAAGGCCUGCAGCUGGGCAUCAAAGGACAGAUGUUGGCCGUGGCACCUGGUGAUGACAUCACCUUUAUAGUGCAUCAGGAACAGGGUGACACCACCAACACCAGAUAUCAGGUCGAUUUAAUGGAUGGGGUCAGGGCUAUAUAUGAAAACCUGACUGUCACAGACGAACCCAUUCAGCACCGUUAUGAGAAACCAGGUGUUUACCGUGUGAAUGUGAAGGCUGAAAAUUCUGCUGGACACGACCAAGCCACCCUUUACAUUCAGGUCACAGCUCCUCUACAGGAUGUCCACCUGGAGGUGGUCCCAAUCGCUGGCAGAAAUCAAGAAGUAAAUCUCACAGCUAUAGUGCUGCCCAUUGAGGCAAACCUUACCGUGUUUUACUGGUGGAUUGGAGAUAACCUUCAGCCAAAGCUGACCCUGGAGAACAGCCUGAUUACAAGGUUCUCUGAGGAGGGCGAAGUUCCUGUGACAGUUCAGGCUUCUAAUGGUCGCUCCAUGGUGCAGGACAGCAAGACUGUCAUUGUUUAUGAUCAUUUCCAGGUCAUCCCAUUGAGUUUCAGUCGUAAUUUGGACAGCUUUAACCCAAACAUCCCUGAAUGGAGACAAGAUGUGGGACAAGUCGUAACCAAGAUUCUCGCUAAGCUCACAGGGGUUCCUCAGGACUCUUUGGUUACCAUGGUGAAGCCUGGUCUUCCCACCACUGCAGACCUGUAUGUUCUUCCUCCAGUCAGCACACCAGUGAAGAGGAGUGUGUUUGUGGAUAAGCGUAUUCCCACCAUAAAGCAGGUUCUGAGUGAGAACAAUGUGAGCUUCAUUGUGAGAGGAGGGUUACAAGUGUUGGUGACUCUUGCAGACUCAGAUGCAGGUUCUCGUUUGGGUGCAGGAGGUCCAGGUGUUUGGGCUCUCGCUGUCUUUCUCCUCAUAAGCCUGAUCUCUGCUGCAGCAUUCAUACUCUUCAAGUUUAAAAGGAAAAACUACAAAAACCAUGGUUCCUUGCUGAGGCCAGAGGAGAGCAGCCUAACGCGUCCCUGGCUGCGUUUCAGAAAACUGCCAGGGCGAAACGUCUACGCCCAGAUGCACAAUGAGAAGGAGCAGGAAAUGACCAGCCCUGUCAAUCACAGUGAGGACACGCAGAAUAUCAUUCAAGGCGAGGAGUUCAUUGAUGACGACCUUGACUCGCAGACACUAGGUAACGCUGGAGGCAACCACUCAGGGGUGGUGUUGAGCAUAAAUUCAAGGGAGCUUCACAGUUACCUGACCAGCUGAUGACCAAUGUGAAGGUGCCAGUGAUGAGCACAAUAGACUUUGCCUUCCUCCUCUCUCCAGAUCUGACCCUUCAGAAGAGAGAGCAGAGACACACCUGCACCAAACCUUCUCUUUCUCCUCCUCUCUCUGUCUUCUCUCUGUCUUUUCCAGCCUCCGUUCUCUCAUUCCAGAAGGUGGAUUUUGUACCCAUCUGCUGAUGACCACGUACGCUCACAUACAUUUCCUGUUUGACUGUUGAUGUGCGCACCCUGCAGUCUGUCUCAUCCCAUGUCCACCAUCUCACUCAUUUGCUCUUAUCACGGGAGCAUGAAAUCAGCCCCACUUACUAAUGCCCAGGGAGAAACUCAUUGACAAAUGCUUUAUUUUCCAUCUUUUUCACUGUGUUUUUCCUUUGGUCUGAAUGGUUUUUUUAACUCUCUCAGGCCACUGAGUUGUCAUGGUCACUGUAAAACUCAGAUUAGACUGAAAGGUGAGUGAAGGCCGUGUAGAUGUGCUGAAAUGCACUUAGAGCAGGAUACGAUACACAUUUAAUUCAGGGGAAGCAAUGUUUGUUAGAUAUAGCCAAAGGGACUCUUAAGAUAUUCUCUGUCACCCUCUUUUCUUUCUAUUGUAAAUUUUUAGUUGAACCCAUCACUUUUCACAUGCAAUAACGCAUCGUUUGCUUCAGUCAAUACUAUGCAGUAAAGUAAUUUUUGUAUGUGUCUCAUCUGAUUCUGCAACAUGUUAGUGAUACAUCAUUAAUAGCUAAGGUGCAAUUAGUAAUUCCGAAGAUGAUCGUUAAGAUUGAUUACAUUUACCCAAGAAAUGCAGACAAACGUGGUUUGCCUUUUUUAGCAAGCAAAUAAUGUCUAGAAUUAUGUCUAAAAGACAGGUUCAAACAGGGACAUGCACAGGGGGGUUGCUCAGGUUGCCCGGGCAACUGCCCAUUUGCCCUUCCGAGGUGGAAAAAAAUAAAUAAAAAAAUCGUACAAUGGAUGCAGAAUUUCACGUAGGCCUAGAUAAUAAAAAAAAAA